UUGCAAUUAAAUUUACACGUCGCGAUUGUAAGAUUGGAUACAUCAACGAAAAAGAAUAUCAGUACGACAAAUAGAGAUCAUUAUCACUAAACGUAUGGAUUCAAAACAUAUUGAUGGAGAAACUUUGGUGAAUACAAUAACGACCGGCGUUGCUCGUGUAGUCAGUGCCAUCAAGUCAUCGCUUUCCGGUUCCGCGUCCUCUUUCGACCACGCCGCCACAGCGCCUAGCGGGAAAUGUUUAAGUCAGACAUUUAAGCGUUUGAACGCGGAAGAUGUCAAUGGCGGAGACACUUUUGAAAACAUCGAGUUUGUUUCUGUAGUCCGUAAUGAGCACACACACCAGCAGGAAUAUGGUGCCCAAAACGAAAGAACAGCGAUCAAUUCUAACUUGCAAACAGGGCCUUCUCGCCCAAAGAAUGAGGCAUGUUCUGAGACAUCUUCAAGAUGUACGAAAUUAACUAAGAUGAUCUCGGAUGUAACCAACGCAUCUGACUGUGGCACAGCAAUUGCUGCUGCGAAUAUGAAGUAUAAAUUACGACCGAACACAGUGACACAUGAUAACCGGAAAUACGGCAUUACGGGUAUGCAUGAUCGCUUCAAGGAUACAAUCAUAAAUCUCGACCACCUUUCAAAAUGUGAUACACCUCCAAAGUUAAGGUUAGGGUUAAACUCAUCAAUCCCUGACCAGGACCUACGAAGAAAGAACAGAGAGCACUCUAUAUCGAGUAAUAAUAACUGCAGUUCGCAUAAUUACGAGGGUCUUUGGGAUUCCGCAACCGUAUCAAGAGCCUCAUACGAAGCAAUAGCGAACUCUACUGCGUCUUCCAUAGCGCUACAUCCCAUAUCUUCACUGGAGAAAAGUGGAAGCCCGCUGACGAAAUCUCCGUCAUUGACAGACCUUUCAAUAUUGACUCAAUCAUUCACCGGAUCUGGUUAUUCGCCCAGUGCUUUAAGGAACUCGCUCGUUUCUGAUUACUCUAGUUAUUUUGACAAAAAACGAAAUGAAUUAUCUAAGUCCUUUCACAAGAAACGAAAGGAAUUAUCAAAAUCCUCAGUUAUCCACAACAGCAACCGAGAAUUCGAGGAUGAUCUCAAGUUUCUUUCAGGAUGCGGCGACAAAACAUCUACACCAGAUCGGCCCAUGUUUGAACAUCGUCCAGACGCUGUAUUCAUCACGGAUCUAUUUCAGAAACCCACGCUAACGGUACCGCGAUCGCUCCCGCCGUCUCUCUCCAAAGUGAGAUCUUCCGGUCUUGAAUUAUCACCCAUAACCAACCUUUCGCUGGUUGGAUCGGACAUUAGUACCAACAGAACAAAUCAGGCACGUCGUAGUCUAAAAUUCGACGACGAAAUCGCGACCCAUGGACACAGAACACCAAUCGUUGCAGACCACCGAAGGUCUUUUUCAGAUAUUUUUGUUCCCAAGCUUUCUGGCCAACAUACACUGGCUCACAUCAAUUGUACACAAAAGACCUACCCUGUGAUAGACACAAUAGAAGGCGAACUCGGCCUGCACAGGCUACAGCCUCCCGUUGUUUAUUACAAUGAAUCUUAUAACCAAUCUAUUUUUUCCGGAUACCCCUACAGUGACACUAGUUCAGGAUCUAUAGCCAAGUGUUUCCCACGCUUAUUGAAUGCGGUUUUAAAACCGACUUUUCGGACUGAAGAACGCAGGGAAAAUCCGAACCAGGUAGGAACUUCAGGCAAACGAGAAGCCAGUGAUGGAAAAACAUGGCACAAACCCCAGUUUAGAGACGAAGCCGAUGAAGCGGCGUUUUAUCUUGUCACCAAGUAUCUCGAAAACCCAGACAUGAAGUGGUGAAAUGUUGUUUAAUUCUAGUUGUUUUCUUAUUACAUAAAGGAUAUUUGUUGGA